CAGGAGCAGAAAUAACAUAAAGUAAUAAGGAAAAGUAGGCUACAAUACUAAAUGUGUUUGAGUUUCUGAAUCUCUAGGAUGUCAUUCCUGGGCUAUACAGCUCUGUUCUUAUGUUGGAUAUACUGUACUGCAGAAAGAGCUUGUCAAGAACCUCCUCCUAGGAGGGUUAAAGAAGUGCCUACUGAAAGAUGGGACAAACCUCCCUAUCCACAUGGUACUCAAGUAACAUACAGAUGUCGACCUGGAUAUAUAAAACUUGGACGAAUUGCAUUUGAGUGUGCUGAUGGAGUGUGGGAGCAACGCCUCCCAGCAAUAGAAUGCAGAAAUAAGCCCUGUGGACAUCCUGGAGAUAUUGAGUUUGGUUCCUUUGAACUUACCAGUGGAACUGAAUUUGUAUUUGGUGCCAGAGUUGAAUACAGAUGUAAUGAUGGAUACUGGAUGCUCAGCCAAAGAAAUUACCGUGAGUGUCAGGCAGAUGGAUGGAGCAAUGACGUCCCUCACUGUGAAGUGGCAAAGUGUUUACCUAUACAAGCACCAGAAAAUGGAAGAAUAAUUAUAACUGGUGCAUUUGAGCUAGGCCGAGAAUAUUCCUUUGGCCAGGUUGUAAAUUUUGAAUGUAAUGCAAAACACAGGCUUGUUGGAUCUAAAGAAAUAAUGUGCUCUUCUAAUGGAAAAUGGAGUAGUGAUGUACCUCAGUGCCAAGAGAUUAUCUGUAAUGUGCCAAAAAUUCCACAUGGAUUUAUACGUUCUCCAAAGGGGUCGUACAAGGAAUCUGAACUACUACAUUAUGCCUGUGAUGAAGGAUACAGACAUGGUGAAAGAGCAGAUGCACAAUGUACUGAAUCAGGAUGGAAUCCAAUCCCCUAUUGCACUGAAAUUGUAUGCUCUCCUCCAAUAAUUCGCAACGGAAACUUUAGACCUCGAGAAGACAACUACGUAGUAGGUGAUAUAAUCACAGUACAGUGUAAUACUGGAUAUCAUUUUAAAACAUUGACUGGCAAAAGCACAGCUGAGUGUACCAGGGAUGGCUGGGUGCCUGAUCCAGGUUGUGUACAGAAACCAUGUGACUACCCAGCUAUAGAAAAUGGCAAGUUAAGUGAUUCACUGGAGUACCACAAAAACUAUUACUUUCCAAUGAGGGUUGGGCAGCAUGCUGAUUACCACUGCGCUAAUGGUUAUUCAACCCCAAGUGGACACUACUGGGUUCGAAUAGCCUGUUCUGGAAGGGGCUGGUCUCCAGAACCAAAAUGUCUCAAAAUAUGUCAUACCAGGCAGCUGGAGAAUGGUUACUUCUCACACAGCUGGAAGAAUUCUUACAAGGAAGGUGAAAGAGUUAAAUAUGUCUGCGACACUGACUAUCUAACUGAACAUGAAGGUGGGGAAGUCACAUGCACAAAGAAUGGCUGGUCACCUCCUCCAAGAUGCAUCCGUAAAAAAAAAUGCCAGAAUAUCAAUUUUGAAAAUGGUUAUUUCACCUUGAGAAAGACAACAUUUAAUUUACAGGAGAAGGUCACCUAUAAUUGUAUUACUGGCUUUGUAACUCCAGAAGGCCAAGAAACAGGAGUGAUACAGUGUCAAGAGAAUGGCUGGACUCCACCUCCAAAGUGCAUCAAAUCAUGUAAAACAUCUCAUUUGGACAUUUUGAUUUACCACACAAAUAAAACUAUGUUCAUGCCUGAAGAUACAAUUGAGUAUGCAUGUUUGGAGGGAUAUCAAACUGCAGAUAAGAUGCCAACUGGUACCACGAGGUGUGGCAUAAACGGUGAAUGGAGUCCAACGCCCCAGUGUCUUGCAAUAGAAUGUGAAAUGCUGGAAUUGCCCAAUGGAGAUUUUUCUCCUAAGGAAGGUAAAUACCGCAGUGGAGAUGUUGUGAAAUUUACCUGUGCAAACAAUUACGUAAGAGUGGGACCUGCCUCUACUCAGUGCUAUUAUUUUGGAUGGUUUCCAUCACCACCAGUGUGUAAAGAUCCAUCUCCUCAGUGUGUGCUUCCAAUGGAUGUUGAGCUUGUGCAGAAUGGUCAACUUCCCAAGCCAAAAGAGAAGACUGGGUUCAAUAAAGUUAUACGUUUUAUGUGUACAUCAGGUGACAGAACUGUUAAACAGGCAACUUGUGUGUCUGGAAAAUGGUCACCAGAGAUUGAAUGUUCAGCUGAAGAGAGUGCAUGCCCACCUCCGCCUCAGCUUCCUGAUGCUCGACAGAUAAGCGUUGGAAGAAAUUACAAGAAUGGGAGUAAAAUAUCUUUUUCAUGUCUCAACGGUUUCCAGCUCAUCGGUGUAAAUGAAAUAACAUGUAUAGAAGGGAAAUGGCAAUCACCACCUUACUGUGUGGAAAGACCAUGUUUGCCACCGCGACCUGUAGAAUGUGCUGAUGUUCCUAGGCUGGAAAAUGAAAACUUAAAAGUUAAUAGAGAAGGGAAAACAUUUUAUCUGUCUGGUGCUAAAUUUAAGUAUGUUUCUCGUCCUGGAUACAAGUUCAAUGGACUAUCAGAGAUAACUUGUUCUAAGGGAAACUGGACUCCAGCUCCUGCAUACUUCAAAAUGCCAUGUGGAAGCAUUCCAAAAGUUGCCAAUGCUCAAACUGAAGGCAGAAACAAGGAAAUUUAUGAGCCUGGUGAAACAGUUCACUACCAGUGUGAUGCAGGGUUCCUGAUUUUUGGUCCUCCAGAAAUUAUUUGCAGGGAAGGAAACUGGACAGCACCGCCGUUCUGUGAAGAUGUUAGCUGUGGAGCUGCACCUGAAAUUCCCAAUGCUUAUAUUACAAGCACUCAGCAGGAGAGGUACCUGCCCGGUGCCAGACUGCAGUAUGAAUGUGAAAGCAAUUUCCAAAUGAUGGGUGGAAAUUAUGUCACUUGUACAAAUGGAGAGUGGUCCCAGGCACCAACCUGCAGAGAUGUGAGGUGUGACCCUCCUCCAGAAAUUGCCGGUGGUAAAGUUGAAGGUGUUAAAAAGUCAAGGUAUUUGCCUGGGGAAAGUGCUCACUAUCAGUGCUGGCAAGGUUUUGUGAUGGCUGGGGACUCCACCAUAUCGUGUCAGAAUGGGACCUGGACAAAGCUGCCAAAGUGCAAAGGGAAAGGUGGGAAAUGUGGCCCACCUCCAGUUAUUGAAAAUGGAGACCUUCUUUCCUUCCCUAUGCAAGAAUAUCCACAAGGUUCCAUUCUGGAAUACAAAUGCCCAAGUCUCUACGUCCUGGAAGGAUCUCAACAUAUCACCUGUACUGAUGGGCAGUGGACAAGCCCCCCAGUUUGCCUAGUGGCCUGUACAGCAUCUGAAGAAGUCAUGGCCAGAAACAAUAUUGUGCUGAAAUGGGUCGCAGCAAGAAAGCUGUAUUCCAGAUCGGGUGACUUUAUUGAGUUUCGGUGUAAAAGAGGAUAUAUGGAGGACCCAGCAUCUCUCCCUUUCCGAGCACAGUGUAUGAAGGGAACGUUAGAAUAUCCACACUGCAAGCCAGGAAAGAACUGUACAGUGCAUAAGAGGAUUAUGGAAAGGAACAAUAUUCAACUACAGUCAUCAAGCUGGUUGAGCACUUCCACCUAUUACACUGGGGAUUAUAUUCUCUUUGAAUGCAAACGGUGGUACCGACAAGUUUCACACCCUGAGAAAUUUAGAGCAGAGUGUCUGGAUGGAGCGAUUAAGUAUCCUACAUGUGAAUGUAAGAUAUUAAUAAAUGGCAGUGGCAUGAAGGAGCCCAGCUGCGGAAAUGAAAGAUCCCUCAACUGACCAGUGAUUGGAGCUCAGUUUUUCCUGGCCUGUCCUGUUUUGCUGUGCUUUGUUUGCAGUUUAGCCAGCGUUCUGUCUUGGAAUUUGUUACUGCUUUUUCUUUUUAUUAUUGGCUGCUUGUGUUUACAUUUUAUCCAUUUUCAUAAAUGUAUUUACAUUUUCUCCGUCUGAAUGGUUGUGCUUGCAUUUUAUCCAAUCUAUAUUGAUCUCACUGUUACUUUUAUUAACAAUUGUGUCCUGAAAUAGGGCUGGCUUUGGUGGCAUUCUGAGAUGAGAAUUAAAGCCUGCAGGUACUUUGAUCAUCAACAAGUGGCGUGUGUUUGGCCUUGUCUGCUCCUAGCUUCUUCUCCAUGCCCUUGCCUGGAAACUACCCUGGGGUCAUGGCAGAGGUGAGUGUCCUGACGGCCUGAUCAGGAUGAGUAAGCGAGCAGAGUCUCCUUUACACAACU